AUGAAGGCAAGAGGUAUUAAAAAUUUUCUAUUUUGCGGUUUCUUACUAGCCGUGCUAAUCACAAAGAUACAGGCCAUACCCCAGGAUAAAUAUCAUCAAAUGGAUAAUUUUGGGAGAAUUUUUAUUGAUACCGAACAGAAGUACAACUGGUAUCAGGCUUGGAAUGAGUGUGCCCUUAGAAACCUAACCUUGAUCACUCUGGACACGGCGGCAAAAAGUGCGGCCCUCACCUCUCUAUUGAGAACCAAAAAAUUAAAAUUCAAUUUUUAUCUUGGCGGCCACGAUUUGGCUGAGGAGGGCCAAUUUGUUUGGCCUUUGACGGGAAAACGUUUCGAUUUUGCCAACUGGAAUUUGGGUAAUCCGGAUAAUUACAAGGAUAUGGAACAUUGUGUCCAUAUUUGGGAGAACACCGAUUACGAAUGGAAUGAUACCCGCUGUGUGAAUAAAAUGGGUUUCAUAUGCGAGGAGAAUCCAUAUUUGGCUUUAAGCAGGCGUGAUUUGGAAUUGAAAAAGGAUUUAAUAAAUCAAUUACUUUCAUUGUAA